UGGCAGGCGUGGUAACAGCUGACGGGGCGUGGCGGGAAGGUUGGCAGGCUUGGUGACAGCUGGCGGGGCGUGGUGGAAAGGUUGGCAGGCCUGAGGGGAGAUAAACAAACCCAAGCAUGGCGGGACGAGUGUGGGCUGGAUUUUCUGAGGCGGAUAUCAAGCAAGUCCAGCGAGGAGGAGGAGGGGCAGCACGAAAGGGGGCCAGGAUGCAGCGUGGGGGGCGGGGGGUGCCACGUGGCUUCCUUGGCACCUCCAGGGGUUCGGCAGCCUCCUCCACACAGUACACCCCCGUCCCAGCCCAGGCCAGGCUGUCCCAGGGGGGUACAGACUCCCCCCAGUCCCUCUCCAGCCAGCCCACACCAGAGUCCUCCCCAGCGGCCACCCCUUCCCCUGUGCCGCCCUCCCCCUGUAUCUCCCCCACUGGCAGCCACAGUCACCCCAAGAGCGUUAAAAUCCGACUUGGUGAGAAUAAUUCCUAUGAAGUCGUCCCAAGUUCUGGUUCUCCUCUUCCUCCCAUGACUGACAGAGAGGAGGAGGAGGAGGAAGAGGAUGAGAGGUCGACGGAGGAGUUAUUCUUCAACCAGGGAGGAGGAGGAGGAGGAAAGGAGGAGGAAGGGGCUCUGUUGAAGAAUAUACAAGAGAGGCAGAAGGAAAUGGAAGAACAGAACAAGAAGAGGAAGGAAUUGUUGAUCAAGGCCAUUGCUGACAGGAGUCGCCGAACACAGUCAGAAGCACAAAAACUGAAGCAGAUCCAGGCAGAGUUGGCUCGGUUGGACUCUCUGCUGUCCUCCGAUGUGUCCAUACUCAGGAACCAGAUUGAAGGAGCCAGCCAGGACUUCAAUGAGGCCCAAAAGCGGUACGAGAGAGCAGAGAGGGAGUUUAUUGAGGCCAAGUUGCAAUUAUUCAGUCGAUUGGAACGCAAGGAACUUCUAACAGAGCAUCUUUGUCGCAUUAUUGAAGCCAACGAACGCAGGAAGGCCGUCAAGCUGUCUGAGUUAAUGGCACAGUUGGAGCUUGUCGACUGUGUGGGGGAGCUGCCGACACCCCCACCCCCCUCCCAGUGCCUGCCCCAGCUUGCCUCCCUGGAUGAGGUGACAUAUGCAGCCUGCACCACAUUGAAACACCCGCAGAAGGCCACACAGGCGCUGCAGGCUGGGCUGGCUCGGGUCAACGGCAACCUCACUGUGGAGGAGAUUAGGAGAGCAACGGAGAUGACACAGAAGGAGGAGGUGGAGGAGGAGAAGGAGGAAGAGGAAUGUGUUGGGGAGAAAAAAGAAGAGGUGGAGGAGGAGGAGGAGGUGGUGAAGGAGAGUUAGGAGGAGGAGUGUGUAGGGAAAAGGA